AUGACUACGGACGCAUCCUCGUCCUUUCCCUUUUGCCCCGAACGUUGGCUUUCCAAAGGGAUUUGGAAAGAGCGUGAAAUCCCAGCCGCAACAACAGCAACAGCAACAAAGAAGAAGAAGAAGACCGAGACCAAGAAGACGACGACGACGACGAUGACGACAGGUCGGGCCCUCGAGGCCUUUGACGAAGGAGUGGCCGCAGCUGCGGCCGGCGACGAGAGGGCUCGUCGCCGGGCACGCCGGGCUCUUGUCCGGGCGUGUGAGGAGGAGGAGAGGAGGAUUGGGAGGGAGGAGGAGAGGAUUGAGAGGAGGAGGGAUAGGGAGGAGGCGGAGGAGGAGGCGGCGGCGGCGGCGGCAGAUGUUGCUGUCGUACGAGCGAGGGAGAUCGCGGUGGCCAACCGCGAGGCGGCGGUGGAGAGGCGGAAGGAGGUGGUCACGGAGCGUGAGGACGCUGUGGCCGUGGAGAUGGCCGCGCUCCACCAGGAGCAGAUGGCGGCUGGCGGUGAGGAGCAGUCGCGGGGUGAGGAGGAAUAA